CGCCGGGGGCGGUUCAGGGACCCAGGCGCCGGCGCUAACGCUGCCCCGCCCGCCCUCAGGUGCGCAGAAGGAUGGUGGCGCGGCCCUAGGCCCAGGCCCCGCACCAUGAGCUGCUGGCUGUGCGUCCUGAGCCUGCACCUGCUGCUGCUGCGCGCGGCGCCGCCCCCGGCCGGGGGCUGCCCGGCCCGCUGCGAGUGCACCGCCCCGACGCGCGCCGUGGCCUGUGCGCGCCGCCGGCUCACCGCCGUGCCCGACGGCAUCCCCGCCGAGACGCGCGUGCUGGAGCUCAGCCGCAACCGCAUCCGCUGCCUGAACCCCGGCGACCUGGCGGCGCUGCCGGCGCUGGAGGAGCUGGACCUGAGCGAGAACGUGAUCGCGCACGUGGAGCCCGGCGCCUUCGCCGACCUGCCGCACCUGCGCGUCCUGCGCCUCCGCGGCAACCAGCUGAAGCUCAUCCCGCCCGGGGUCUUCACGCGCCUGGACAACCUCACGCUGCUGGACCUGAGCGAGAACAAGCUGGUCAUCCUGCUGGACUACACCUUCCAGGACCUGCGCAGCCUCCGCAGGCUCGAGGUGGGCGACAACGACCUGGUGUUCAUCUCGCGCCGGGCCUUCGCGGGGCUGCUGGCGCUGGAGGAGCUCACCCUGGAGCGCUGCAACCUCACGGCACUGUCCGGAGAGUCGCUGGGCCACCUGCGGGGCCUGGGCGCCCUGCGGCUGCGGCACCUGGCCAUCGCCGCCCUGGAGGACCAGAACUUCCAGAAGCUUCCCGGGCUGCUGCACCUGGAGAUCGACAACUGGCCACUGCUGGAGGAGGUGGCCGCGGGCAGCCUGCAGGGCCUCAACCUCACGUCGCUGUCGGUCACCCACACCAACAUCACCGCCGUGCCGGCCGCCGCGCUGCGCCACCAGGCGCACCUGACCUGCCUCAACCUCUCGCACAACCCCAUCAGCACGGUGCCUCGCGCGUCCUUCCGGGACCUGGUCCGCCUUCGCGAGCUGCACCUGGCAGGGGCCCUGCUGGCCGUGGUGGAGCCGCAGGCCUUCCUGGGGCUGCGGCAGAUCCGCCUGCUCAACCUCUCCAACAACCUGCUGUCCACGCUGGAGGAGAGCACGUUCCACUCGGUGAACACGCUGGAGACGCUGCGCGUGGACGGCAACCCGCUGGCCUGCGACUGUCGUCUGCUGUGGAUCGUGCAGCGCCGCAAGACCCUCAACUUCGACGGGCGGCUGCCGGCCUGCGCCACCCCGGCCGAGGUGCGCGGCGACGCGCUGCGCGACCUGCCCGACUCGGUGCUGUUCGAGUACUUCGUGUGCCGCAAGCCCAAGAUCCGCGAGCGGCGGCUGCAGCACAUCACGGCCACCACGGGCGACGACGUGCGCUUCCUCUGCCGCGCCGAGGGCGAGCCGGCGCCCACGGUGGCUUGGGUGACUCCCCAGCACCGCGCGGUGACGGCCGCCAGCGCGGGCCGGGCGCGCGUGCUGCCCGGGGGCACCCUGGAGAUCCGGGACACGCGGCCGCAGGACAGCGGCACCUACACCUGCGUGGCCAGCAACGCGGGCGGCAACGACACCUACUUCGCCACGCUGACCGUGCAGCCCGAGCCGGCCGCCAACCGGACCCUGGCCGAGGGGCGCAACGAGACGCAGGCGGCUGCGCGCGCGCCGCUGGACCUCACCACCAUCCUGGUGUCCACGGCCAUGGGCUGCAUCACCUUCCUCGGCGUGGUCCUCUUCUGCUUCCUGCUGCUGUUCGUGUGGAGCCGCGGCCGCGGGCAGCACAAGAACAACUUCUCCGUGGAGUACUCCUUCCGCAAGGUGGACGGCCCGGCUGCCGCCGCGGGCCAGGGCGGCGCCCGCAAGUUCAACAUGAAGAUGAUCUGAGGGGUCCCCAGGGGCCGCCCCUCCGCACCCCGACUGGCUCCUGUCCCAGCCGGCAGGGCUGGGCCGAUUCUACCUAUGCAUUUUCCCAACGGGGAGGGGCGGCUGCAAGGCAGCUUCUGGCAGAACUUCCGUUUUUUUUUUUUGUAGACACCCAACCAACCACAGGACUGUUUUUCAUGUGGAUGCAUCUUUUGCAGUUUCUCAGACGUUUUCUAAAGGUUUCAACCUGUC